AUGUCACAGCAUGGAUAUCCAGAAAGACUGUCGAAUAGAUCAAAAAGUUUUCAAGAGGAUGGCUCAAAGUGGAAGGUAUUCCCGUAUCCCAGCAGCAUUUGGUGUAUAACCUCCGUGAGUUGGCUGAUGGGGCUUCUCUUCGUGAGCAUGGUGUGGCUGCAGGAGCGCGCCUCCGCCUCGUGCUGGCGCUCCGUGGCGGACCCGUCACAGCUAGGCGCCCUCCACCCCCAGAUCGACCACCCCCCGACCGGGAGGAGAUGGAGUGGGCCGAGGGGGUGGAGUGCGGCGGGCGGGUGCUCGAGCGGGGCGGGGGGCGUGGGCGCGGUGGGGGGCGGGGCGGGCGGGGGCGGGGGUGGCGCGGGGGGCGCGGCCGAGGGGGCGGGCAGCGGCUGCAAGGUCACCGUGCUGGUGUUCCGCGAGGGCAAGAGGGUGAACAUGCUGAGGGUGCGCGAGAACCGCGACGGCACCUACUCGCCCCUGGACCAGGCCAAGUGUCCAGCGACGCUGACGCAGCUGCUGGAGAGGGAGAGCGGCGGACCCCUCCACGAGAAUGCCGUCACGAUGGGCAAGAUGAUGGAGCUGCGCCGCCGCAUGGAGGCGCUCGAGCUGCAGCGGCGCCGGCGCCCCAACGCCAGCGCCGCCGCCCCACUCGGCGACAAAGCGGAUAUACAGAAGACAAGGAGCGAGGAGACGCUGUCGGUGAGCAGCCUUCUGGACGAGCCGGCCUCGCGCUCUUACGACCCCUACGUAGAGGACGACUCGGGCCACUACGACCGCUACGACCGCUACGAGCGCUACGGGUGCUACGGGAGGGCGGACACGUGCGCCCUCCUCCCGCCGAUAGGCACCCGCGCCCUCUCCAACCACUCGCUACAAGACACCGUUAUGGAGAGUGACCGAUUCAAGCUACCAGACGCUUUAGCCGCACCCGAUGAAGGGGAGACGCCGGCUACGAGCGCUACGCCUGCCACAACAACCGCCUACGGCGCGCUGGUGGGCGGCGAGGGUCGCGGCUGGCGCGCCAGGGGCUUCGGCUCCAGCUCGCAGCUGGGCGGCGCGGCGGGGGCGGGGCCGGGGGCCGGGGGCGGGGGCCGCGGGAGGGGCAGGCGGAGGCGGAGGGGGCGCCGCCAGGCCCCAGCGGGCCGCCCGCGCGCCGCCGCUCUCCGCCUCCACCUCGGACCUGGAGCAGCUCACGCGCAACAGGUGACGAGCUCGUCGUUCAAGGUCCCCCAUCGACCUUUGUCGAUGAAUCGCGCAACGGGUGACAAGCUCGCCUUUCAUAGUGCCAUCAAACUUCGGCCAGGCAUACCUUUGAUGCUGCCGGCGCUGAGCCGCCACCGCAACCGCGAGCACUUGCACCUGAGCGAUGAGCGGCUCGAACUGGCGCGGCACGACGUAGCUGAGGCGGGCGCUACGGUCGCUACGAGCGUUCCCGCUACGGGCGCUGCGCCUACGCCGGCUACGGGCGCUGCGCGAAGAGUGCGCUGCGGCGUGUGCCGGCGCAGGCUGAGCGCCGCUACGGAGCACCGCUGCCGCUGCGGCGCCGCCUACUGCGCGCCGCACCGCUACGCCGAGGUUCACGGAUGCGCCUACGACUACAAGGCGCUACGGACGCACCGCAAC